UCUCAUGGAUCCACUACCUCCUGCUAACAAAGUGUUCUCUCUUGUCAAUCAAGACGAAAAACAACGAGUCAUCUCCUCACAAGGUCUGGGUAAAGCACCAGAGGCAGCAGCUUUCACCGCUAGAGAAAGGUUCAAUCAUACAGGGAAAGCUCCUUUGUCCCACCUCUCCACUAUCCGUUGCCAUCGUUGCCACCUUACUGGUCACUCCACUGAAAACUGUCGGGCACACUUAAAAUGUGACUACUGCGGACACAAAGGUCACACAAUCGAUAUUUGCCGCAAGCUUAAGAGGGCCAACUCUCACGGUGAUAAGAGUAAUCAUUUGAACACAAACUCUCAUUCUCGUUCAAAGGCUUAUCAUGUAAGUUUUCAACCAGACAAUACUGAUAGCACACCACCUUCCUACAACCUCACGGCAGAUCAAUAUCAUGAUCUCCUUGCUCUUAUUGAUCAAAACAAAGUAGGAAACAUGGCUAGUCAAGUGAAUGCGGCAACUACAAUGAGCAACGUUUCAGGACCAACGAUCGGGGGAGAUGAUUGGGAUGGGAACUGAGCGCAAUGGGCUUUAUUACUUGGACGUUGCGAGGAUAUCUGGGUGUUAUUCCGCCUCAACAAUUACACCUUCCAACUCAUCCCAUUUAUGGCACCAACGUUUAGGUCAUUUAUCUAACAAAAGCCUACGGGCCAUAUCUUUGUCUACCAAA